CAGAGAUCUCAGCGGGCUCAUUCCCUUUCUACGGACCUUGACAAAGCCUCUGAGAGACUGCUCUCCCUCUCAUUCCUUUUGUACCCUUUUUCCUUGGGAUAUUACUGCAGACGGCAUCCCUUGAGGAUGGCAUGGUUUCCAGCGGAUCCUAACUGGGAUAGAUUCUACCUGCUACCAGGGAUCGAACAAGAGCUGGAUCUCGAAAGCAUCCUCCGUGACAUACCACAACCCGCCAGCCAACAGCAUGCAAUGCCCAGUUACCCCCAACGCGAUCUUCCGACGGUGGAUGCGACAUCCCCGGAUCCACAUCUUACCUUAAUUGCUCGAUCGACCAAUGACAACCCUGGCCUCAGCAAUCAAGCCACGAUCAGCCGAAAUAGCCCGUUCCACCAAGCGACCGAGAUAAUGGUUCCGUAUGCUGAGCAGUCGUCGGAACAAUUGGGGCACCCUGGAGCAACCCCAAGUGCUAGUAGAACCCGAACCCCUCGAAGACCACUUCAACGACAGGGUAACAGGACCACUCCUUUCCGAUGUGGCUGGAAAGACUGCACGUACAACGGUACUUUCGGACGGAAGGCCGAGUUGAUGCGACAUAUCGAUCUCCUGCAUGUGUCGCCGCAUUCAUUUGACUGCCCGCUGCGGGGAUGUAAGAGGGUCUUUAAUCGGUGGGAUAAUCUGUCGGAUCAUAUGCGCCGUGCACAUCACAUCCAGGGGUAGUGUAUGGUGGGAGGCUGUUCAUUCUGUUGGUACAGCUGCGCACAUAACUAGUUAUAGCAUUUAGGGAAUCAAGCGAUUAGCA